GCAGCCACCUGUCUAAAAUUUUGUCAUAUUUGGUCAUGUAACUUGUCAAAAUUAUCAAAUAUUUUUUCAGACCGUUUCGAUAAUGUUUAGGUUGCUGUUUUUAAAAAACAUUAGAAAUAUCGCCUCUAUUUUCCUAGCCAAAAGGCUGCAAUGGCCCAGAAACACCUUGCAGAAAUCGUCACUGGCACGGGGCAGAAGUGAGGCGCAGCCAGAACAGCCCCCGAAGCCGCACAAGGAGAUAUUUUUCCCGCAGUUGGGGCGCGAUGGUAUUAAGGACAAAGUAGCUUUAGUGACUGGGGGCACGGACGGAAUUGGCUUGCGAUGUGUGAGAGAAUUGCUAAGAACCGGGGCUAGGGGGGUAAUGAUUGCAGACACAAACGAGAGCAAGGGUUUCAAUCGGGUGAUAGAGUUUUCAAAGGACUAUGGCCAAAGUAGGAUAGCGUUCAUUCAGAUCAACCCGGCUAAUUAUGUUUUGCUUAAAAAUGCGUUUAUUAGCACCCUAAAUUUCUACAAGGGCUUGGACAUUGUGAUUAACAACGUCAGGUUCAAGGAAAAAAAUUGGGAGGAUCAGGUUGAUGAGAAUAUUAAAGGAAUCGUGUUGAGUACACAGCUCUGUUUGGAAUUUAUGGGUCGUAAUAAUGGAGGAAAAGGCGGGAUUUUGCUGAACAUAGUCUCAGAAUAUGAGGAAAACACCGACUCCUGUCCACUGCACAGUGCUUGUCAAGACUUUGUUGUCCGCUUUGACCGAUCAGUUGCAACGUCACAUUUCGACACCACGAACGUCAAAGUAUUAACAAUUUGCAGAGCCAGUUUUGACACGAUCGGGUGCGACUUAACUACGAUACUAACAAAAGGAACCAACGGCUGUGUUUGGAUGCCUUGCACUUGUGCGUCGGAUUCCUAAUUAGAAUAUUUUAAUUAUUUGUGUAUGAAUGAACAAGGUGUUUUUUUCCCAA